AAUUUUAUUACUUUUAACCACCCAGUUAACCAAUCCUGUUGAGAGCUGCAGUGGUUCAGACACUGACUGCUCCAACUCCUCCAGUUCCAGCUGGAGCAGAACAAGUAGACACUCAUAAAGUAUUCAUCCCUCAUUUCUGAACUCAUCCUGGAAACAGCACUUUCAGAAAAGAAGAACCAUACCCUUGAUUCUUGUAAUGUUCUGCAAUAGAUCACACAGGAAGUGCUAUUUCCUAUUUUCAGAUGUAGGGGGUAACUAUGUGUUUUUUCACAAAGAAGAAGAUGUGACCAGACAUAACAAGCUUGAUAAAUCAGACUGAACACCAUUUCCUGCCAGAGCUACCUAAGGCUACCUAAGAGCUACUAAAUUUCCAUGGCCUACACCUGAUCCACACUCACAAACAUUUGCCAUUUUAACCCCAAACAACACUGUCAACUUGCUGCUCUGCCACACCCAGGGUCCAAGAGACCAACACACCAUGGAAAACUACACCGUGGAUGCAGCUGACUUGCCACUGACAACAGAGUUUGACUACGGCGAUUCAGCACCAUGCACGGGAAAUGAGGAAAAGCACUUUGCAGCAAAAUUUCUGCCACCGCUUUAUUCUUUGGUGGUGAUAUUUGGCCUCAUAGGCAAUUUGCUCGUUGUCCUUAUCCUGGUAAAAUAUAAGAGACUGAAGAGUAUGACUGACAUUUAUCUCCUCAACUUGGCGAUUUCUGAUUCGCUGUUUGUAUUUUCUCUCCCUUUUUGGGCCUAUUAUGCUGUUCAUGACUGGAUUUUUGGGGAGGUGCUCUGCAGAAUUCUCUCAGGUGUCUACCUGCUUGGCUUCUACAGUGGGAUCUUUUUCAUAAUCCUGUUGACCCUAGACAGAUACCUGGCCAUAGUGCAUGCAGUGUUUGCUCUAAAAGCUCGGACGGUUUCCUACGGCAUCCUCACCAGUGCUGUCACCUGGUUUGUUGCUAUUUUUGCUUCAGUUCCUGGGGUUGUAUUUCACAAAACUCAAAAGGAAAAUUCACGUUAUACUUGCAGUGCUCACUAUCCAAAUGAUGCCAUAAUAAAUUGGAAGUACUCCUAUGUUUUAAAGAUGAACAUUCUGGGACUCGUUGUUCCAAUGCUCAUUAUGAUUUUCAGUUAUUCACAAAUCCUAAAAACAUUAUUGAAAUGUAAGAAUGAGAAAAAACAGAAGGCAGUCAGACUUAUUUUCAUGAUAAUGAUUUUUUACUUCAUCUUUUGGACACCGUUCCAUAUUUGUUCUUUUUUGUAUACAUUUCAAUUUUCACUUUUCGAACCAAAUUGUGAAAUCAAAGGUCAACUGGAGAAGGCAAUCCAAGUGACAGAAACAGUAUCAAUGAUCCACUGUUGUAUCAACCCUGUGAUCUAUGCAUUUGUUGGAGAAAAAUUUAGGAAAUAUCUUUAUGCCUUUUUCCGAAAGCAUGUUGCAGUCCACCUCUGCAAAAAAUGUCCAAAUCUUUAUCGUGAAAAAUUAGAAAGAGUUAGUUCCACAUUCACACCAUCCACUGCAGAGCAUGACAUCUCUACUGGACUGUAGAAAUGUAUCAAAAUAUUGGUUAGUAAAUGUUCAUAGAAUCAUAGAAUCAUAGAAUUGGCUGGGCUGGAAGGGACCUCAGAGAUCAUCGAGUCCAACCCUAUGUUGCAUCACUCGCUUUGCCUUAAAUGACUGACGUUAUUUGACAUCUUUAUAUCAACUACUGCUGAAAACUGCAUGACCCUCAAUUCUUGUGGGUUUGAGCAUUUUCCAUUCUUAAACUGAGAGAAGCAGUAAUUUCUCCAGGGAAUGUUAACACCAUAGCUGGAUCACAUAAAGAUCUGAAUGGGGCCCAGAAGAGUAUGACUGUUUCUUGACCUAAAUUCUAUCCAAUGAACAAAUGGCAGUAAGAUUUACCUGGGGGGAGUACAAUAUUUAAGAGACUAUGGAGUGAUAUCUCAUCUCACAAGAUGCAUUUAUUAUUAUGUGGACAUUUUAAGAAAAACACUGGGAGCAAGUUUUAAGGAUUGAUGAACCUGUUUAGUUCCCAACAUCAGUGGAACACCUUCUGGAAGUGACUGCAUUCUUUCUGGAACAUGGACAAGCCUUUGAUACGAGGAUGCUUUUAGUUUUCUUCAUUCCUUUCUUCCCAUCCUGCUCUAUUUUCCCUACAUGAACAAAAGAUGUUUCUGUAAAAAUGAAUGAAUACAAGAUAUAUGGAGAUAAUAUCUUCCCUGUUAUGGAUGAGCUGACUGAUCUUUAUCUUACUGGGGCCACUUAACCCAAGGAUGUAUCUGUUAGCUAAUAGUAUAGUAAUUUUAAAAAAUAAUCCUAUAGGGUAUGUUAUAGUAUUUUUUUACUUUAGUUCUUUAAUUCUAUGUGUGCCAUAUCACUGUUUAGUGGCUAACCUUUUCCAGAGUGGGAUUUUAAUGGGCAAGUGUGAUUUUUGUGAGUGCAAUUUUACAGCUAGUUGCACAUACCAACUCUACCCACAAGAAAACACUGGAUUAAAAAAAAAAAAAAAA